AUUUUGUAAAUUAUUAAAAACAAAUUUAAGUUAUAAUGCAAUAACAAAUAAAAACACCUAAACUUUUAUAAAAAUUGUAAAAACAACGUAAACAAAUCAUAAUACAAAUAAAGUGUAAUAAGAAAAAAAAUAAGAAAUCGAAUUAAGUACAACCAGCAGCAACUAGAAAUAACAAAAACGACCUCGUUCACAUUUCUAAAUAAAGAAAAUUUUUACUGCACACACAAUAGAAUUUAUAGUCAUUGCCACUGAAAUGUUUUUCUACAUCUAAAAAAAGCACAGAGGAAAAUAAUAAAACAUGCAGUUUCUCAAAAAAAUAAUACAAAUGCAUUAUCAAGUUGCCUUAAAUUGAAAUCAUAACCAGUAGCAGCAGCAGGAACAAAAAAAAAAGAAAACAAAUCAUCGCUUAAUUUUAUUCUUAAAGCUAUUGGAAUUGCAUGAAAGGCAGUGUUUGGCUGUGUGUGUGCGCAUUUUCUAACAUCCGCUCUAUUUGUUGGCAAUCACCCACUCUACCUACUAAAGCUUACAAACUUGCACCAUCGCACACAUAACAAACACACUUGUGCACUAUUCAAAUUCUAGUGCAUUCAGUAGUUGUUGCUUACGUGCUACGCUAUCCUUUUCCGUUUUUACCUUUGUACUGUAGUUGUUGCUGUCGUGGGUGCAAUUUGCAAUUCCGUUAAUUCAAUGUCAAUGGCUGAUUUCGAUGCAAUUUAUGAGGAUGAUCAAUUGGAGGAACAUUAUGAAGAGCAAACCGUUCCUCCUGGACCAGAACCCAUAGUGAUACGUGGGGCUGGUAACAUGACAGUAUUUGGUUUAAGUAAUCGUUUCAAUACAGAAUUUCCCUCUGGCCUAGUAUCACGAGUAGCGCCUGAAGAGUUCAAAGCCACAAUUGGUCGCAUUAAUGGUAUUUUAAAGAAAACCUUACCUGUUAAUGUGAAAUGGCUGUUUUGUGGCUGUGUCUGCUGCUGUUGUACCCUGGGCUGUUCCCUAUGGCCCGUGAUAUGUCUAAGUAAAAGAACACAAAUAACAUUGGAUAAAUUACUGGAAUGGGAGAAUAGUCAUUUGUAUCAUAAACUUGGUUUACAUUGGCGCUUGCAUAAACAACAAUGUGAUUCAAAUUCCAUGAUGGAAUAUGUCAUCUUAAUUGAGUUUAUACCGAAAACGCCUAUUUAUAGACCGGAUUAAACUGAUAAUGAAUAUAAAACUAAAUGUAUGUAAUUUAAACAACAACAAAAAAUUUAAAUAUAAAGAAGCAUGUAAAUGAAUCAUUAAAAGAAAUUUGAAAACAACCCAAGAUGUUUAUUACUGUAAUGUAAUUUUAAACACAAAAAAUAUGAAAUGAAUUGUUGAACAACAAAUUGAAAUUAUAUUGUGAUGCACAGCUGAAAAUUAAAUUGAAAGAUAUAUGUAUGUAUAUGUAAUUAUUUUUCUAUGGAAAUGAAUUGUAUUCAAAAUUUUUAGUUGUUACAUAGAAAUAUCAUUUUUAUUUUUAGUUAUUUUAUUUUUUUUUUAAUAAAAUUAUUUACAAAUUUACACAUACACUAUAAGCGUAAUAAAAGAAUUCAAAUAUAUUCACUUGAUUGUGAUUGUAGAAAAG